AUGGGCGCGACCCCUCAAAUUACGCCCUUAAAUAAAACAGCGAUAAAUUCGGAUGCUAAGAGAAAAACGAACAGCCGCAACGCCUACGAUGUGGAACCGCUGCCAGCACCACGCCAUUCACGGUGGAAAGCCAAAUGGGCGAAUGGGGAGCCUCCUCGUGUAGUUCCCGCAAUGCAUGCUUUGGAAGAGGAAGUAGAGGAGAGGGAAGAUGACGACGACGAUGACGACAGUUGGGUGGACGAGGAGAGUCGCCUUCGUCCACCAGCCCUCCCCAUAAACUUCGAGGCUGCUCUCGCCGGGUUACCCACUGAGGACCCUGCAACGCGCACCAGGCGCCUACGACCACUACAGUACCCCCUCUACGUGAAUGUCGCCGGUGACCAUGAUGGCAUAGGAGGCGAUAUCUACGAGCGGGCCAAGUCGUACGGAGAUACAAGGCCAUUAAGGACGAUGGAUCAAAACAUUCCUGAGGAAGAACUACCAGACACUCUUUUGAUCCGCACGCGUCGUCGCACAAUGAGUGGGGUGACUGGUUUUCUCCCACGCAGUUCAACUCUCUCCUCCAGCUCCAUUUGGUUUGGGGACCAUCCAGUCCCAACGAAGACGCAGAUCUACGCCGCGGAGCAAUCGCCCCUGCGUCUUUCCAGCAUACAGUUGCAGGCGCAGGCGGAAAUUGCACGGCGUCGCUCCCGCAACAACUUGGCGGCACGCAGCCUCAUCAGCAUCGGGAAUGGCGGGGGUGGUGGCACACGGCGUAGCCGUAGCCUUGAGCGCCUGCGAGCACUAGGGCCCUCCGCAUCGGCGCUCUACGGUCCUACCGGUAGGAGGAUGCACGGCGGUGCACCGAUAGUAGAGCGCGCCAUCAAACGGCACGCGAGCAAACGCGAUGGCUAUGAGACGCUCUCGCUGGUCCACGUACCGAGACUGGAGGAGCAGCCCUCUUCUGUUAUCACCGACACUGCUGCAGAACAGCGUGAAUUGCGCCGACCCGCGUCCUCUGCCUCGAUGGCAAGGUAUUGGACCUCAACGGGGACUUCGCAGAUGAAUGGUGUCCGGAACCGAGACGAAGCGCGGUCCUUAAUCGCCCAGGCAGCUGUUGACCUCGCUGUGCAUACCUAUGACGCCUCAGAGGUUUAG